GCAUCAUGUUUCUUUACCAACUCCUCAACCUUUUCUUUGUAACUUCCAAAAAGGAGGAUGACUCCAAACAUGACCUGUCCCUUUACAAGCGUGGGGAUUUAUUGGAAGUCCCCCGGACAUUAUUCACACAUUUUGGUAUCUAUCUGGGGAACAACCGUGUGGCUCAUCUCAUCCCGGACAUCCUGCCAGUGAUUUCCAAGAAUAAAUCUGCUAUUGCCAAGAUGGUAACAAAUAACCGCCUACUGCUGGGGGUUAUCACCAAGGUUGCCAGCGUCAGAGUGGACUCUGUGGUGGACUUUGCGUACGGCUCAGAGAUUUUGAUCAACCACAUGGACAAAGUGUGCAGCCAGCCUCCAUUGGACGGGGACGAGGUGGCCAGGAGGGCUGAGAAACUGCUGGGCUCUGUCACUUACAGCUUACUGUGGUACAACUGUGAACACUACGUCAUGUACUGCAGAUAUGGCAUGGCCAUCAGCUACCAGACAUACCAGUUCUGCACGACAGUACGGAAGAUCGUCUGCAGCAGGAUGAGCGCCUAUUUGACUGCUCUGUGUGGCGUAGGAACCAUGCUGUAUCUGGGCUGUGUGACACCACUGACAGUUUUAACGACCCUGCUCAUCUCGUUCACCAUCUGGAUGGCAGCCUAACGGCCUCUGUUGAGACAGCUCAUGAGAAAGACUAAUUUAACACACUGGUGGAAGCUGAAAUGAAGUCCUGUGGUUUAGCUGCGUCACUAAAGGCACUGGGAAAUAAAUGUGUUCACUUUAAAAAAUGUCACUACUUUACUUUUUACCUUCUUUGGGCAAUUUUUGAUUUGAUGUUCCAUUUGUCUUUGCCUUGAUAGUUUGCUCCUCUGGUUAUAAAGCUUUUUUUUUUGUUAGAUGUCUAAUUUUGUGCGUUAUUCAUCAUUAAUGUUCAUCGGGCUCUGAUAUUCAACAUUAAUCUCAUUUUACAGUAGCAGCUCAUUGAUUAUAAAUGGACUUUGACUGAGCACAGCCGCAAACUCCGGAAGACUGCGAUAAAGCUCAGCAGAGAUAUCUGGAAAGAAGAGACUGAAACAUGAGGGUGAAUGCAGAUGAGUGUUUUUCAGUGUGAUACUUGUAUCAUGCUUUAGCUAAAAGUUGGCUUGGACGAAGUGCAAUAAGUUUAUACUUAAUGGAAUACAGUUUAAUUUUGAUAUAUUGUAAUGACAAAUGUCAGUGCAUUAAACAUGUAUUUCUACCUG